UAUACUUGUUCUCGGCGUCUUCGUCAUUGUAUUGCUCUUGUAAUAUUUGCAAUUUAUUUGAUAAAAAUGUUGUUUUGCAAAAGCCAAUACUUUUAGAGUGUGUUUUGCACUAAUUGCAAAACAAACAGCGUAUCGCGUUGAUCGCAUUCGUUUUAUAAGCACAACUACCAAGAUGGCUGAUAUAAAGUCAAUGUUCAACAAAAUGAAUAGCGCCACCCAGAACGGCUCGGCGGAGGCUGCGCCCCCGGCCGCCAAGGGUGGGAAGGGCACUAUCGAGAAGAUUUACCAGAAGAAGUCGCAACUAGAGCAUAUCCUGCUCCGACCUGACACUUACAUUGGUUCCGUUGAACGGGCUACAGAAACCAUGUGGAUUUUCGACAAAACUAAAGAAUGCAUGGUGCAGAGAGAACUGACUUUUGUGCCAGGUUUAUACAAAAUAUAUGAUGAAAUCUUAGUAAAUGCAGCUGACAACAAACAAAGGGACCCAAAAAUGGACGUAAUUAAAAUUGACAUCAACCAAGAACAAAACACAAUUUCCGUAUACAACAACGGUUGUGGUAUACCUGUAGUAAUGCACAAGGAAGAGAAAAUGUUUGUGCCAACUAUGAUCUUUGGACACCUUUUGACAUCAUCCAACUAUAACGACGAAGAAGAAAAAGUAACGGGAGGCAGAAACGGUUACGGUGCAAAACUUUGUAACAUUUUCUCAACUAAAUUUACAGUGGAAACUGCAUCUAAGCAGUACAAGAAGCAUUUCAAACAAACUUGGGGCUCCAACAUGACGAAGGCUUCAGAGCCUAAAGUUAAGGAAUCUGGCAAGGAUGACGAUUUUACUAAAGUGACUUUUAGCCCUGACUUGGCUAAAUUCAAGAUGGAUAAAUUAGAAGAUGACAUUGUAGCGCUGAUGUCGCGACGCGCUUAUGACGUCGCCGCUUCCACAGCUGGCGUAAAAGUUUAUCUCAAUGGCGAGAGAAUUAAAAUAAACAAGUUCAAAGACUAUGUAGAUCUAUACAUAAAAGGCAAAGAAGACGAGAACGGACAACCGUUGAAGGUUGUUUAUGAAAAAGUGAACGACCGCUGGGAGGUCGCACUCACUUUAUCAGAUCGCGGAUUUCAACAAGUUUCGUUUGUAAACUCUAUCGCUACAACAAAAGGCGGUAAACACAUCGAUUCUGUCAGUGACAACAUUGUAAAGAAUGUUCUAGAAGUUUUAAAGAAGAAAAACAAGGGAGGCGUUAAUAUCAAGCCUUUCCAAGUCAAAAAUCAUAUGUGGGUAUUCGUAAAUUGUUUGAUUGUGAACCCAACCUUUGAUUCUCAAACAAAAGAAAACAUGACACUCCAAGCCAAGAGCUUUGGAUCGAAGUGUACUCUCUCCGAGAAAUUCAUUACGGCAGUGAGCAAAUCGGGAUUGGUUGAGUCUGUGCUGACGUGGGCCAAGUUUAAAGCCCAGACGGAGCUUGUGAAGGCGUCUGGUAAAAAGCAGAGCAAACUGAAGGGCAUUCCCAAAUUGGAGGACGCGAACGACGCCGGAACUAAGAACGCGCAUCUCUGCACUCUGAUCCUCACCGAGGGAGACUCGGCCAAGACCUUAGCUGUGUCCGGACUCAGUGUGGUGGGCAGGGAUCACUACGGCGUCUUCCCACUCAAAGGCAAACCCCUCAACGUGCGAGACGCGUCUCACAAGCAAGUCUUGGAGAACGUAGAAAUCAACAACCUGAUCAAAAUCGUCGGGCUUCAGUACAAGAAGAAAUACAAUACUGUUGACGAUCUGAAAUCUUUACGCUACGGUAAAAUGAUGAUCAUGGCCGAUCAAGAUCAGGACGGCUCCCACAUCAAGGGUCUGAUCAUCAACUUUAUUCACCACAACUGGCCUGAGUUGCUGAAGCUGCCGUUCCUGGAAGAAUUUAUAACACCCAUCGUGAAAGCGACUAAAAAGGACAAAGAGAUAUCGUUUUAUUCGUUGCCAGAAUUUGAGGAAUGGAAGAGAGAUACAGACAACCAUCACACAUACAAUAUAAAAUACUACAAAGGUUUGGGUACCUCCACAUCUAAGGAGGCUAAAGAAUACUUCCAGAAUAUGGAAAGGCACAGAAUCCGUUUCAAGUACAGCGGUCCUACCGAUGAUCAUCAUAUCGAGCUGGCUUUCUCGAAGAAGGGCGCUGACCAACGUAAAGAGUGGCUGACCAGUCACAUGGACGAAGUGAAGAGAAGGAAGGAGAUUGGUCUCCCGGAGAGAUACCUUUAUACUAAAGACACGAAAGCUGUUUCGUAUUCUGAUUUUGUCAAUUUGGAGCUGGUUCUCUUCUCAAACGGCGAUAAUGUUAGGUCUAUCCCCUCAAUGAUAGACGGCCUGAAGCCAGGGCAACGGAAGGUGAUAUUCACGUGCAUCAAGCGGAACGACAAGCGGGAAGUCAAGGUGGCACAACUGGCUGGCUCCGUGGCAGAGCAUUCUGCUUACCAUCACGGCGAGCAGUCCCUAGCCAUGACGAUAGUGAACUUGGCGCAAAACUACGUCGGCUCCAACAAUAUAAAUCUGCUGGAACCGCGAGGCCAGUUCGGCACGCGGCUCUGCGGCGGAAAAGAUUCUGCGAGUCCCCGUUACAUUUUCACGCUUAUGUCGCCGCUCACAAGGCUCAUAUUCCAUCCGCAUGACGACCCGCUGCUUGUGCACGAAUUCGAAGACAACCAAAAGAUUGAACCAGUGCACUACGUGCCCAUCAUCCCGAUGGUGCUGGUCAACGGCGCCGAGGGCAUCGGCACCGGAUGGUCCACCAAGAUACCCAACUACAACCCACGGGACAUCGUCGAGAACAUUCGCCGAAUGCUAGACGGCGAAGAACCGAAACCGAUGCAUCCAUGGUACAAGAACUUCCGCGGCACGGUGGAAGGCUUCGGCGACAAAUACGUCAUUUCCGGCGAGGCGGCCAUCUUGCCCAACGACAAGAUAGAGAUCACGGAGCUUCCGGUUGGCGCGUGGACGCAGAAUUACAAGGAGAAUGUGCUGGAACCAAUGCUGGGGACGGAUAAAGUGAAGCCGCUUAUAUCUGAAUAUAGGGAGUACAACACAGACACAACGGUGCGCUUCGUGGUGACCCUGCUGCCGGGAAAACUGGCUGAAGUGGAGGCGGAAGGCGUGCACAAGGUGUUCAAGCUGCAGACCACCAUCUCCAUGAGCUGCAUGAACGCCUUCGACCACAACAACUGCCUCAACAAGUACGACAAAGUGGAAGAAAUCCUCCGUACGUUCUACGAUCUCCGGCUUAAAUACUACGUGCGUCGCAAGGAUUACCUCGAGGGCCAGCUGCAGGCCGAGGCCGACAAGCUGUCCAACCAGGCGCGCUUUAUAUUAGAGAAGUGCGAUAAAGGACUGGUGGUGGAGAACAAGAAACGGAAGGCCAUGGUCGAGGAGCUGAUCAAGAGAGGCUACGCCCCGGACCCGAUCGCGGAGUGGAAGAAGCGAGCCAGCAAGAUGCAGGGGCUCACGGCGCUCGAGGAAGACGAGCCCGAGUCCGAGGACGAACCGGAGCCCGAAGACAACAAGGGCAAGCCGGCUGACCCAGAGAAAGCGUUCCAGAACUUGAAGGAAGUGAAGAAGUUCAACUACCUGCUGGGCAUGUCGAUGUGGAUGCUCACCAAGGAGAAGAAGGACGAGCUGCUCAAGCAGCGCGACCAGAAGCUCGCUGAACUCACCGCGCUCAAAGCGAAGAGUCCUUCCCUCCUGUGGCGCGAAGACUUAGACGCCCUGCUCAUCAAACUAGAAGAAGUCGAGGAAGCCGAGCGUCGGGAAGAAAGCAAUACCAACAAAAAGAGCGCCAAAGCCUUCAACGCCAGCAAAAAGAACCGCAAGUCACUAAUGGACAUCGCGCCUUCGGAGAACGGGCGCCGAGUCGAGCCCAAGAUAUCAGAAGACCUCAUCAAGAGAAUCCAGGCUGCUGAGAAAGCCAAGACAAGGAAGGAGAUCAAGAAAGAGUAUGAUCCGGAAGAUCCAUCAGGCAUCAGUCCGUCCAGCGGCGAAAAGAAACCUCGUGGCCGGGUGAAGAAGGAAAAAGUGGAGAAGGCAGAAAAGGCAGAGAAACCGGAGAAAGACAAGGACGGACUCAAGCAGACCAAGCUCACCUUCAAGAAAGAACCUAAGAAGAAGAAGAUGACAUUCAGCGGCAGCAGUUCUGGCGAGAUGUCGGAGUCGGACGCAGAAAUGGUGGAGCCGCCCGCGCCGCGAGAGCGGACUAAUGCCAGGAGGGCCGCCACCAAAGUCCAAAAAUACAAAGACGGCGACGACGAGUCCGAAUCCAACUCAGACCUAGAGCUCCACGACAACAAGAUAGAGUCAGACGUGGAGGCGCCGCGAGUGCUCAGCGACGACGACGACGACGACUUCAACGUCAAGAAGAACGCAGGCAAGAAGCCCGCUGAAAUGGACUCCGACUGCCUAUUCGACUCCCUGAUAGAAGAAUCAAAGAAGGAAGAAUCUCAGAAGCCUAACCACAACUCUAACUCCAACUCCCACCCCACCACUGUCCUAUCUAGCGACGAAGAGGACGUCCCUCCCCCCGAUUCCCCUCCCAAGAAGAAAGCCCCGCCCAAGAGGAAGCUCAUGAAUGUGGACAAGGAAGAUAAGCCUGAGAAACCGAAGCCUAAGAAAAGACCCGCCAAAGUCAUGCUCAGUCUCGACAGCGAUGACGAUGACAGCAUAUUUGACAGUAAAAAGGACAAGAAGAAGGCCAACCCCAAGAAGAAAGCCAAGAAGAAGGCCGACAGCGACUCGGAGUCCGACGCGGCCGCGCCCGAGCACAGCCCGCCGCCGCGCGACAACAAGAGAGCGCGUGCGCAGGCCAAGUACCACUUCAGCGAUGGCUCCGACAGCGACUAG